GUCGCCAGUUGGCUCGGCGGCGGCGCGGUGGAUGGUUGUUUUUUCGUUCUGGCUUUAGUCUGUUUUGUGGCUGUGAGUGUGUGUCUCGUGUGUUCGAUCUUUUUCCUCGUUGCGUUGUCGUCGUUGUCGUCGUCUACUUUAAUAGUCAUUGACAUUUCUUUAUCGGCUAAAUUUUGCCUUUAUCGUUAUUCUUAUUGGCAUUGUUAUCAUCCCACCUGGUGUAUGCAAGGACACACCUGUGCUAGCUGGAUUCUGGCAACCGGUGGCGACAAAGCGUGCCACAAGAAUUGAAUCAAGAUGAAGUGAGAGAAAAAAAGGAGGGUGUUGUUUCCCUUCAGGAAUGAAAUCCUGACGAGAGAAGAAGUGUGAGAGAGAGAGAGAGAGAUCAGUCGUCAUGAUGGAACCACCGCUUACCAGCAAGGUUCUGCGUGCUCCUAGCCUAAAAAGAGGUCAGGAGAACGUUAGGAUACAGGACAGGAUAAAACUGGAACGAGUACUGGGUGUCACAGUAUCGAGCAAUGCAGCCCUGGAUUGCGACGCUACGAGCGAGUUGGUCGCUUAUCCUGCUGGCUGCACGGUCGUGCUUUUCAAUCCUCGAAGGAACACGCAAGCGCACGUGCUCAAUGCUUGCCGGAAGACUGUGACUUCUUUGGCUCUUGCUGGAGACGGAAGACUUUUGGCUACCGGCGAAUGCGGACACAUGCCGAAUGUUAGGGUCUGGGAUAUAUCCGAUCCUCAUAAUGCGGUACAAAUUGCCGAAUUUUCCGGACACAAAUAUGGCAUCAAUUGCGUGGCUUUUUCACCGAGUAACAAGUAUGUGGUUUCGGUCGGUUCCCAACACGAUAUGAUCGUAAACGUUUGGGAUUGGAAAAACAACGUAAAAGUUGCAUCUAACAAAGUUUCGAGCAAAGUAAAAGCAGUAUGUUUCGCUGAAAAUGGUAAUUACUUCGUAACAGUAGGCAACCGACACGUGAAGUUUUGGUACCUGGAAUAUUCACGUAGUGCCAAGUAUAAAGAACCCGUGCCUUUGAUGGGCCGAUCAGCGAUAUUAGGUGUACAACGAAACAACGAUUUCGUCGAUGUAGCCUGCGGUAGAGGAGAAAUGGCGGAUUCGACAUACGCCAUCACGAAAACUGGCCUUCUAUGCGAAUUCAAUAAUCGAAGGCUUUUGGACAAAUGGGUCGAACUUCGGACGAGCAGCGCAAAUUGUAUGGCCGUCGGGGAUAAGUAUAUUUUUAUUGGUUGCGCCGAGGGUAUCGUCAGGUGUUUCAGUCCCAGUACGUUGCAGUUUAUCACUACUUUACCCAGAACACAUUAUUUAGGAGUUGACGUUGCCCAGGGAUUGUCCAUAAAUCAUAUGUCUCAGCACCCAGCAAACGCAAGGUAUCCAGAUGCCAUAGCGUUAGCUUUCGAUGAACAAAAUAAUAAAUUAACAUGUGUCUACAACGAUCAUAGUAUUUAUGUUUGGGAUGUAAGGGAUAUAAGACGGGUCGGUAAAUCGCAUUCUUUCCUUUAUCAUUCCGCAUGCAUAUGGGGUGUUGAAAUGUAUCCAACAGGAACGGACUCAAUUGGCUCUAUGCCGCCUGGUAGUUUCAUCACUUGUUCAAGCGAUGACACUAUUCGUGUUUGGAAUCUCGAGAAAGAUGUAUUCUCGAACGAUACAUUGUACAAAAGGAACAUAUAUAGUAGCGAAUUAUUAAAAGUCCUUUACGUGGAUCCAGAAUUAACGUAUCUUAAGGACUUGGAUUUAGCUGCUGCUGGAUCAACCGAGAAGAGCGAUGCUUCUUACGACGGUCGUAAUGGUGUAAGGUCAAUAAGAGUGAGUCCUGAUGGAAAACAUCUUGCGUCCGGUGAUAGAUCGGGAAAUAUACGUAUCCAUGACGUUUCCACUCUGGAAGAAUUGUGUUUAAUAGAGGCUCACGACGCGGAAGUACUUUGUCUCGAGUAUUCAAGGUUUUCCCGAUACUCCAUGGAAACUCCGAGACUUUUGGCAAGUGCUUCAAGGGACCGACUAAUACACGUCUUUAGCGUUGAUCAAGAUUACAAUUUUUCACAAACUUUGGACGAUCACAGCUCCUCGAUUACUGCCGUGAGAUUUUUUAAUCAAACGAAUCAAAGUAAUCAACUACAAAUGGUAUCUUGUGGCGCUGAUAAGAGUAUCAUCUUUAGACAAUUGCAAUCCACACCAGGCGGAAUGCCACAAUUCGCUAGAGGUCAUAACGCUCAGGGAAAGACAACGUUAUAUGAUAUGGAAGUGGAUUCUGGACAAAAACAUGUUUUAACUGCCUGCCAAGAUAGAAAUAUUAGGGUUUAUAAUGUAACUACCGGAAAGCACAGUAAAACGUUCAAAGGAUCUGUCGGCGAAGACGGAUCCCUCAUAAAAGUUGUCUUAGAUUCAUCAGGAAUUUACGUAGCUACCUCAUGUACAGACAAAACUUUGUGUGUGUACGAUUAUUAUAGUGGUGAAUGUAUGGCAACCAUGCUAGGUCAUUCAGAAUUGGUGACGGGAUUGCGUUUUAGCUCGGACUGUCGUCACCUCGUUUCAGCAAGUGGUGACGGUUGCAUAUUUGUCUGGCGUGUGCCUCACGAUAUGGUCGUGACGAUGCAAGCUCGACUCGCUCAGCAAGCAAUGCGUGCUGGAAAGAGGCCACCACAAGUUAAUGGUAGUGGAAUUGAAAUCCAGCUAGAUAAUGAAACGUUUGGAUCACCUCCUCCAGAAUUUCUCGAUCCAAACGCUAAUCCAACACCUCAAAAUGCUGGUGUAGAUUAUAGAUUUAGCGUUGGUCAAUUACCUCUCUGGGCUAAGAAACAAAUAAAUACGACGACCGUGGAGGAAAAUACGACGGUUGGUUCAACUGUCCGACCGCUUAGCGUAGAUCUACCGAAAGGAAGAUGGGCUCAAAGAGUACAACAAGGAGAUGGUAUUACCGUCAAGUCAGUUUACGAUAGCGAUGAAGUCAUACCAUUCCCACCACCUCGUGGAAGUGUCGAUUCGGAUGGUGGUGGUGGCGGUGGUGGUUCUAAGGACAGUUCUAUCGACAGUGGUACUGAAACUAAAUGCAGUAGCGAUUAUCGUCGUGAUACUAUUAUACUCAAAAGGGAAGAGGAAGAAAAUGUAUUUCAACCUUGUCCAGAUAGUUACAGAGAACUAACUAAUGAAUCGAAACAGGUGAUUGGUGGUAACGUGACAAUAUCUAGAGGUAACAAUAUCACCGAAGUGACACGGCAAUCAAGAAGUCGUCAUCACACUGAUGAUAGCAGUCUUGGCAGUUUUAAAUUCGAGGAUCAUGAAAGCACAGAACAUGAUGGAGACGUAGAAGAUUAUUCCGAGGGAGAAAACGGUACAACUGGUUCAGAGAAAUCUCAUCACAGGUUAAUGUAUUAUCCUCCACAAGAAGAUACUGUAUCAAAUCAGUUUACAGUAAAUGCUAUGGAUGUUGAAGAACUUCGAAGAUCUCAAAGGCGGCAGAAGAAACCAAGAAACUCAGAAAGUGGACGAACAAGCGAGUUAACUGCAUCUGGUAGUCAAGAUGAUUCCGAUUCAGAAGGUGGAGCAUCGACACCAAGCGCAGAAAGAAAUCCUUUAUCUAUGUUAUCAGAAGCCAGCUCGGAAGGUUUUGAUCAAAUAGCAAAACAAAGUCAUCGAGAAAAGUAUUUAAAAAAUGCAUUCGAGUCUCUCAGCGGAGCCGAAGAACCAACGAAUCGCGUUAAAACUACUAGUAUUAGCUCUCAAUUUCAUGGAAGGAUAAAUAAUGGUGCAGAAAGUAAUAAUAGCAGCAACAAAGUACGUAAUGCGGCGGUGGUAAAUGCCACUAAACAUGCCAGAGGUGAUGCAGAUGUUGUUAAAAAACGUGAGGAAUUGCAAAGAAGAAUAGAGGAGACUAGAAGAAAGCUGCAAAGCGUAGGGUACAGGUCAUCUUUGAAAAGCAGCCAGAGCAUAUCUGAUUUAAGCAGCCAUAUACCAGAGAAACAUCAUCGUUCGAGUAGACUUAACACAGGUAACAAAUUGGGUGAAAAAAACAAAAUCUCAAAACCAAUUAAUCCUUGCAAACCUAUGCCAAAUCCAAAACCCGCGUUUAAACCUCAACAACUCAUUAAUAAAGCCCAAGGUGUGGGGAAUGCUUUAUCCAAAUCAGAAACGUCAAACGAACAAAGCAGCUUAACCGAUGAUAAAACUACAUCGUGUGUUAUUGAACAAAUAAAACCAUCUUUUAACCGUCCACUAACACUGACAUUAAAAAAAACUGAAAAGUAUAAGCUGUCAUUAAAUAAGCCCAAUCAAUCUUUACCCGAAUCUCCUGUAUGCGAGGAAUUAAAACUUUUGAAAGAACAUUGUAAGAAAAACGUGAGUCGUUUCGCAAGAUUCGCACAAAAAAGAAGAUCCUAUAGUUAUUUUAUCGGUCUUGAUGAUAACGAGGAAGAAAUGGAAAAUCUAGCUAAAUCGUUUGAAAGCUUGCCUGCCAUGAACGAACGUAAUAUUGAAAAUUUGAAACAAACUAUUGACGACGGUGGUGACGACGGAAAUGGAAAUUUCAGCGACGAUUCCUUGGAAGGUGAUUUCAAAAAUCCACCACGACGUUGCGUUAGCGAUUAUCAAAUCAACAUUCAUAUGGAUAGUCAUAUAGAAAAUAAAAGUUAUCCAAAUUAUCAGACUUAUCAAAGAAGGAUUUUAACUGGUUCUCAAGAAAGUAUAUUGUCAGAUGCAUCGGUAGAAUCUUUUUCUAAAGGAAGUGCCGAAAUAUUAGAUUGUAACAAUUAUGAUCACGACAGACAUUCCAGUGCCAGCUUUUUCUUAUCAAAACGUAAAACACAAGUUGGAAGAAGUCAAGAAAGUAUACUAACCGAUGAAUCCGAUUAUCAGAUGUUUCCGUUACAGAAAAACAUGGAUCAUAGAAGUACAGAAAGUAUUUUAACGGAUGACUCUGAUUCGUUGGUAAAGUCAGCACCAUUAGAAAUGUUGUUUGAUUCUCAUUACAAACGUAAAAGACAAAAUUCUGAAACGUAUAGUGGAAAUCCGAACAACGAAAUAGAAACGGCGAAUAAUACUCAAACAUCGACGGAUGAUGCCACUUUAUGUAGAACAGUAUUUAGAUCGAAAUCUCUUCAAGAUACAAGAAUGUGUAAAGCAAAAAAUGAUAUUAAUUUUAGUGAAGACAACACACAACCGGCUACGUGUAUAUAUUAUGAAUUCAAUUUCGACAAUGAUAAUGAAAAAAAUACAGACAUUAGAAUGAUGAGUAAUACUGACACCAUGUCAAGAAGCAACAGUUUAAAGGUUCCAAAAGAACCACACUCCAUGCUGAUAUUAAAUGAUUUUGUGGCACAUAAACCACCAAAGCCUAAAAGAAAUUCAUCGCGAACUCAAAGUAUGCGUAACAGAGCAAGACCAGCUUGGAAUAAAUAUAACAUGGACUCAUCAUCGCAAUCCUCAAUACAAAACAUAGAACCUAUUAAUUAUUCAGCGACUUUACCGGCUAACUUAUCUCAUCUAAGUUAUAAAACGAGAAACGACGAGGAUUCUAAACAAAGUAAAAAGGACGCCGAUGCAAAUUCAAAACGAUUCGAAGAAUUUUUACAAUCUGCUAAAUAUUCUCUGCAAACAAACGAUGAAACAAACGAAAGAAGUAUAUAUUUCAAUCAGCAAACUUGUUUACCCGAUAAGAAGAUUAACAUAGUAGGAAUACCACCAUAUAAUCCUGAAAAUUCUUUAGACAGAUACUCUCAUCAGAAUAUUAAUGAAUCUUCUCUUAUAAUGUCUAACCAGGAAGAAGAUACUAGUCACGAAAGAGAUAAUAUUUGUUCUUUUGAAAAUCAAAUACCAACUAAAGAUACAAUGGAAACUUAUGACUCUUUGGAACCCAAUGCUACAUCUUCAUCUGAUGUACAUGGAACACAAUUGAAAUCGAAUAAUUCCAAUUUACAAUCUACUAACGCACGUAUCGAUAAUUUGGAUGCAAGCGUUGACGUAAGAAUCACUCGAGCUAUAGAAGGAACAGUAAAGUUACUUUCCAAAGAGUUUGAAAAUUUAGUACGAAGGGAGCAAUACUUCAUGAAAGAAAAAUGUUUCCGUUUAACUCACUGCCCAGAUACGAGCGAUAACUUUGCUAAAUUAGAAGCUGAACGUGAUAGUAGAUGUACGAUCAAACGUGACAUACGAAUUCAUUCUGGUGGUGAAGAUAGCGAUUGCGCGGAUAUAUCAGCGAUGGAUAGAUCACUGAUGGAAAGUGGUUCUUCUACAUCUGCAUCAAGUUGCACCAAUUCGCCUAAAAGGAUGUGGCCACCUGCUUCGCGAUGUCAGAGUCACAUGAAGUGGACUAAGACUUUACCUACUAUAAAUCAAGCAACUAUUCCCAUGAAACAUCUUUAUGCAGUUUCAGGAAAAGUAAAUACUAAAAAUACAAAUGCGUCGUCAAGAGGUAAUUCUGGAAAUAUAAAUAUUAGUAAUCAGUCGAGACAUUCAGCAACAAAAAAUCAUUCAAAUCACAUGACGAGAAGCAGUAGUGUCGGUGUAUUAAAUCAGAGUGAUUCAGAAUCUGAUGCUGGUGUAUCAGUUGGAGGAAGAGGAUGGAGCAAUCAAUCUGGAAAUAAUAGAAUGAGUGGUUUGAUGAGGCCAACGAUUAGUUCCCAAAAUAAGAUCAAUCAUCAGAUUAAAUCUAAUUCUUCUUCUAGUAAUAAUCUUCCUUCUAUUCUGAGGCGACGGGGUAUGCAAGGAGCUUACUCUAGCGUAAAUCUAAGUCAAGUUGGUAAUCAAGAAGAUUCAAGUUCAGAAGAUACUUCGUCGAAUGGAAACGGUGUUAAGCCAGCUCUUCCUCCAAGGCCUAGAAGUAUUAGUAUCGACCAUUCCUCUGCUAGUUUAUGCCUUCCUGGUACUGGCGUUAGAAGAUCUGGAUCUUCUGGUGUUAUAACAAAUGGUCGAGGAAAUGGAAACAUAAUGGGUCAAAGCAGUGCAAGAUUAUCAGUACCAAACAGAAAUCAGUUAGAACCGAGCCCUCAAGAAUUACCUGUUAAAGAUACAGACCGUGCCAUUGAUGUAGCCAGUGCUGAAUUAGGCACGGAUAAAGCGUUAGUGUCAACACAACUGUGCAAUACGAUUGCGGAUGAGCUUACACGAACAGCAGACAACGUCGUACAACUGUAUAAACGUCUAACUAUAGACAAUGAAGAUGAUCCAUCAAGAGCAACCAUCGAUAGGGAUACCAUGUUACGUGGUCUUGAAUCUUCUGUCAAUGAAACAAUGCGUACUUUACGACUAGUCGUGGCAGGCGUUGAAAAUCAUAACGACGAAACUAGUAAUAAUGUUGCCCCAAAUGAAGUAACUGCAAAGUUUCAAGAAUUACUUGCUGGCCAAGAUCAAGGCAAGGUAGUGAAUAUGAUGCAACAGUACUCAGAAUUGCUCUUAAAUAUGAUGCAACAAAGGAUGGGAGGAACACAGUCAAGCCAUACAUAAAAAUAAUUUUUAAAAAUCCGUCCAUCUGAUGAUAAUUGAUGAAUGCAAAUAGAUCAUAUUCAUGUUCGAAGCACGGACGUUUGUGAUGAGUGAAUAAGUAUUUUCUCGGCGAUUAUAGAUCACAUUCCUAAGUGCAGAAUAUGGAUAUUUUUCUGGAGGAAAAGAAAAAAGACAAAAAAAUAAUAAAUAAAGAGGGAUUUCGGUAUUUCAGUUGCCAAGAUCCUCCCAAGUGCAUAUCGUAAGCACACAUAUGUUCCUUUUCCAUUUGUCCUAGUACAUUGUAUUCUUUGUGAGUACUUUUCGAAUGAAUUUAAUAUAGACUUAGUUCUUAAAAAAAAAAAAAAAAAAAACAAUGGAACUGUCAGCAAUGCAGCCUUGGGACUUGAUAGGAAUUAACUUGUAAUAACUAACUGCUGAACAGUGUUAUUAGAAAAGAAAAAACUUGAUAGCACAAAAUAUAUUAUUUUCGACUAAUUCUUAAGCACUAUAAUGGAUCGAACUUGAAAAUGAAGAAAUAUCUUCAACGUCGUUCAAUGUAGUAUUUGUUAUUAAUCAAUACAAAUUGAAUAUACUAAGGAAGCAACAUGUGAAAAUAACCGGAUGAACUCUAAAAAAUAUCAUAUGUUAUAUUCCAGGACAUUUAUUUAUCCUAUUUAUAAAAUCAAAUGUGUCGAAUUUGUGCGUACUUUAUCUCGAGGCCAUAUGCCGGGAAAUGCCAAUUAACUAAAGACUAUUAGAAUAGUACCCCACAAACAUACAUAUAUGUAUAUUUAUCAAAUAUUGAAUGGUAUUAUAACGUAAUAUUAGUAUUCUUGUUAUGUAACCAAAGGGGUUGUCUGUACCUAUGGUAAAAAGGGAAAUUCUUUUCCCCUCCUAAAUGUUUAAAAAAAAGCUUUUAGGCAGUCAUCAAUAAAAAGUAUACAAUAUAAACUUGCCAGAAAAUAAGAAAACGCCUAGUUACUGAAUACUACAUUAAGUAUAACCAGGCUUUCUAGAUAUAGAAAAGCGUAGAGUGCAAAUAUAUGAUUAUAUAUUUCAAAUAAUGCUAUUUAGAAUUAUUGAAAUAUUCAUUAUUUUCUUUGUAAAAGUUUAUGCAUUUCUGUGUUGUAUUUUCUCUUUUUGUCGAAAAAGAAAACGUUUAUAGUUGUUAAUAUAAAGUUGUACAAAGAAAUGAGUGAAAUAUUUUUACUUUAAUUGGUAGAAUUAAAAAUGAAAUUUACAAUCGAUAUUUGCACAAACUACCAAUUUGAUGUUACCUUAUAAUAAUGGCAUAUUUUGUCAUAGGAAUUGACCUAUACUUGCAUAUUUUUCCACGUAAACAUAUUAUUCCUGAGAAUAUUUCUCACAGCUCCAAAACAUUAUAAAUUUCAAUUAGAAUUUGGCAAUAGACUUGUCCAAAAUUUUUUAUCAAUGACAUCACGGAUAUGAAAUCAUAAGGACCUGCAAACUAUACUUAGAUUAUUGUACCUUAUGGAAGUAAAUCAUACGUGAAUAUAAGAGAUAUGCAAAGAAUGUAGAAGACUUCUAAUUAAAAAAGCAAUAAAUAUAUGUAUUUCAAAAUUAAAACUAAUUGUAAACAAUAGUUCUCAUAUAAUUCUUUAAAGUGCAUUAGUUUAAAUCUAGAAUAUCUUUAAUCCAUACAUUUGAUUUAUUUUUUAUAUAAUUCCAUCAUAAAAAUUGAAGACUUCUACAAAUCUCUUUGGGAAUUAUUUUAAUAAAAACAUUUUAUGAAAAAUAUUAAAUAAACAGAAUAGACAAAAUUGUUAAGAGAAUAAAUAUGUUUGCAUUUCCUUAUGUAAAAUUUCGUACAAUUUCUGUAUGUAGUUCAAAGAUACAUUAGACGUCGUCUAUAUAUGAGUAUGUAUGUAUGUGUGAGUAGAAAAGGUUGAAUUUCAUGGCUAAGCCUCUUUGCGAAGCCUUCAACAUUGAAUAAUAAUAAUAAUUGAUAAACGAUUAUUUAAUAUAAUCAUAUUCGUACGGACGGAACUGUACUGUGGAAUAAUAUAUCUGAAUUGUAUAAUAUUUAACGAUUUUAACAUUUGCAGAAACAUACUAUCUUCUUUGUUUACAUUAUAAGUUCUUCUCUUGUUUAACAUUCUCACGUUGUAUGUAAUGUAUAAAAAGUGCCAUUUAGGUUAACAAAUCUCAUUCAACAUUACACAUAAAGACAGAUUCCUAUAUAAUAAUAUGCUGCUUUUUAAUAUUAUA